AUGGUGGCAAGACUCUCACACCAGGUUUUGAGGCUUUAUCAAGAGGCUUUAGAAAUUGCCCAAAAGCGUAUUAGCUCUUCAAGAAAUGAGUUUUUGGAUAUUUUGGCCUUUGUUCAGCUUAAAGCCAAUGUGUUUGAAGCAUUGACGUUUUCCCACGCAGCUUCUGCCGUAUUUGACAGUACUCCUGGCGAAGGUUUGUGGUUUGUUUCCCAGGCUGAAAUUUAUGCAAAAGUUGUUGCAAAUCAUCGUGAUCAGGCAAGAAUGAAGAAAAAAUCUAUACCCUUUCGUGGAGAUGAUCUUAUUCAGAACUGUUGCGAUAUUGUGCGGAAAAAUUUUGAGCGAGUUACAAGGAUUAACUCCUUAGUUCACCGCGUAAAGCCUGCAGACGGUCCACUGCCUCUUCCACCAGCUUAUGAGUUGGCUCAAAUGAAACAGGUCCAACUUCCUGCAAAAUUUCCUCAUCAAGUAACUCAGCCACCCGCUUCUUUGACUUCUGCUGACGGCGGCAAUAAGGCUUCAGAUUGA